AUGGGGAACACGCUGACCUGUUGCGUGUCCCCCAAUGCCAGCCCCAAGUUGGGCCGGCGCGCGGGGCCAGACUACGAGUUUGAGGUCUACGAGGCGGCGGCCGGAGACGCGGUGGCCGUAGCACCGGCGCCCGCUGCCGUGGAACCCACCGAGUUGGAUUUCGGAGCGGGUGAAGGCCACCAGCUGCAGCACAUCAGCGACCGGGAGAUGCCCGAAGACUUAGCUUUGGAAUCAAACCCUUCUGACCACCCAAGGGCAAGCACAAUUUUCCUGAGCAAAUCUCAAACGGACGUGAGAGAAAAGAGGAAGAGCAACCAUUUAAACCAUGUAUCUCCAGGGCAGCUUACUAAAAAGUAUAGCUCAUGCUCAACCAUAUUUCUAGAUGACAGCACAGUCAGCCAGCCUAAUCUUAGAACCACAAUAAAAUGUGUGACCUUAGCAAUAUAUUACCACAUAAAGAACAGAGAUGCCAAUAGAUCCUUGGAUAUUUUUGAUGAGAGAUCACAUCCACUCACACGAGAAAAGGUUCCGGAGGAGUACUUUAAGCAUGAUCCUGAACACAAAUUCAUUUACAGAUUUGUUCGUACUCUUUUCAGUGCCGCCCAGCUGACUGCUGAAUGUGCAAUAGUGACUUUGGUUUACUUAGAAAGGCUUUUAACUUAUGCUGAGAUCGACAUUUGCCCCACUAACUGGAAAAGAAUUGUUUUGGGAGCCAUUCUUCUUGCCUCCAAGGUUUGGGACGAUCAGGCUGUUUGGAAUGUGGACUACUGCCAGAUCCUGAAGGACAUUACAGUUGAGGACAUGAAUGAGAUGGAAAGGCACUUUCUGGAGCUCCUUCAGUUUAAUAUUAAUGUUCCCGCCAGUGUUUAUGCCAAAUACUACUUUGACCUUCGCUCCUUAGCAGAUGACAACAACCUGAAUUUUCUAUUUGCUCCUCUUAGCAAAGAAAGAGCACAGAACCUAGAGGCCAUCUCCAGACUGUGUGAAGACAAAUACAAAGACUUCUGCAGAGUUGCUGUGAGAAGGUCUUUCAGCGCUGAUAAUUUCAUUGGUAUUCAGCGCUCCAAUGCCAUCCUCUCAUAA